AUGUCUCUGAUGCACGGUGCCGGCUGGAUGUUAAAUACCUUCAAGGUAUUCUAUGGAUUCCCAGACUGUCUGGGCCCGUGGUUCUUCAACCACCUAACCUCUGCCGAGGAGUUUAGUUUCGACCCUCAAGAGUCUGCACCGCUAGGCGAUGCAGGCCAGCGCCAUGUUUUUAAUAUAUCGCUGCGGAAGGCUAACAUGCCACGGCUGCGAAAGCUCAGUCUCGGCAACAUCUACCUGUGCCUAGAGUUGAAAGACUUCCUUCUCCGGCAUCUUGACAUCUGCAAAGACUUGGAUGGUGUUGAAGGUAUGUCUUGGAGCGAACUGUUUUGUGCUCUGGCAGACAAGUCACCAACUCGUCUCACCUGCUUCUCGUUGCAUUGGGACGAUGAUCAAGAGGAUCUACCCGACCUAGAUGACGACAUGGGGGAUCCAAUGCUUGUCGCACAGGUCCGAAGAAAGCUCGAGAUUGAAUCCGACGCCAUGGCAUUUCCCUUCGGCUACUGCGACGUAUUUGAGAAAUACGGAAAUGCAACCCACGACUGGGAUGCCAACCGAGCAGCCUUCGUGCAAGGAGAUGACUACAGAAGCUAUCAGGAUUUUAUGGCGAUCGUAGAAUCGAAUGCUACUGGUAACCACUAG